AUGCACUUUGGCAUGGUGUUGGCCAGCACUGACGAUCAUUGCGCAGUUCAUCGCCUGUCGGUGAAAGAGACAAUGGCCAACACAACCUCUACGAACCAUCCACAAGGUCGCAUGAUGCCGCAGAAUCUGUUUUACAAUCGCCGCCCGCCACAACACCGAACAAGACAGUUCCAGGCUCAACCCCAUCUCCGCCUGCGAACAAUGGCCGUCCACCAUCAGCGCCCUCGCCUUGAUAUGGGGGAGCACGGCUUAGGAUUGAGUCAGCUAGCCUCUGGUGCUUCUAGCUUCGCCCCUGAGGCUUGCAACACUCCUCGCUCUGCCGCAAUCGAGGAGGCGCGUCUGCGCCGCGACCGAGAUAAGUACUUGCUGAAGAUGCGAGAGCGUGGUCUGUCUUAUAAGGAGAUCAAGCGCCGCGGCAAGUUCAAGGAAGCUGAGUCAACUCUCCGUGGCCGCAUUCGAGUCUUGACCAAGGAUAAGAGUGAACGAGUACGCCGACCGGAUUGGACUGAGAACGAUCUGCAAUUACUCGAGCACGCUGUCAGCCAUUUCGAGCGUUUUGAUGGUACCGUGCGCGGCAGAGAAGUUCACUCGCGCGUGCCUUGGAAGAAGAUCAGCGAUUGGAUGCGAUCUCGAGGCAGCAGCUACACAUUCGCUCCAGCCACCUGCGCAAAGAAAUACCGAGAGUUGCACUCACUCUGA